AUGAGGUUGAAUGAGCAUACAGGCAUGUACCGCGUCCCGCUUACAUGCAAAGUAGCUAUCGUGACGCCGAGGGUGACUCUCGUCCCUUACGAGGCGAGACAUGUGGAGCGAUAUCAUGAGUGGAUGAGUGAUCCGGAUAUCCAAGAAGCCACGGCGUCAGAGCCGCUCACGUUGGAAGAGGAGUACGAGAAUCAGCAGUCGUGGCGCACAUCUCACGACAAGCUCACAUUUAUCAUCUGCCAGCCUCUCGAGUCAUCGACGGCGACCACCGAUGCCGUGCGGGCAGGUGAGGUUGAUGCUUCGGAGCGGAUGAUAGGGGACAUCAACUUCUUCAUCUACCCCUACGACGACGAUGACGACGACGCAGAAGGUCAAGUUGCGGCAAACGAGGGCUCGUACGUCGGCGAGGUGGACGUCAUGGUGGCAUCCAAGGAGCACCGCGGCAAGGGCAUCGGUCACGCUGCGGUGACGACGCUGUUAACGUACGUUCAUCGGAACAAGGCGCGGAUCCUCGAGGAGUAUGUCCGGGAGGAGAGCAAGGGGGACAAGAAGGCACCGGUGCAGCUCAAGGGCCUGAUGGUGAAGAUUAAGGAGGGCAAUGCUGCGAGUAUCGCGCUGUUUCGGCGGCUGGGGUUCGUACAGAAGGGGGAGGUGAACUAUUUUGGCGAGAUUCAGAUGAUUCUUGGGGACUUGGAUGAGUUUUUGGCUUCUGAUGCUGGUGUGAAGGCUGCGGAUGAGUAUCGUGAGGUCGUGUAUUCUAGAUAG